CAGCUGGUUUUGCUUUCAAUCUCAAAGGUAACCUUUUUGUUUUUCCAUGAUCAGUCCUAGGAAACCAUUUUUGAAGGUUACAAGAGAUUGAAUAAUAGAUCCCAUUUGAAUGCAAAAACUAAGGGUUAUAUAUUAUCCCUUGAAGUUGCUCAACGAUGGCGUUUCAUUUCCCCAUUAGAGCUCAAUCAGCUCGAAAUUCCGCCAUUUAUGCAGAGAGAAUAACCGAAGAACCUCCCCCUCAAAUAAACAACAAACACUCACAAACCACCGUCACGUUGAUGUACCAAACCAACAUGGCUGGCUAUUGGCGUAACGUUACCAUCACUUGGUGCAAGAACGUCAUGAACUAUUCUCUCAACAUCAUGGUGAACAACACGGAAGGCGACAACGUCCAUUCAACUUGUAAGAUCGAGCUUAAACCAUGGCAUUUUUGGAGCAGAAAAGGGUACAAAUCAUUUGAGGUUGAAGGCAAACCAGUUGAUGUUUAUUGGGAUCUUUGUUCAGCCAAAUUCACAAGUGGCCCCGAACCAGUUUCGGAUUACUACGUUGCCUUAGUUUCCGAUGAAGAAGUUGUUUUAUUACUAGGAGAUUACCGUAAAAAAGCUUACAAAAGAACCAAAUCAAGGCCAGCUUUGGUUGAACCAGUACUAUUUUACAAAAAAGAAAACGUUUUCGCCAAGAAAAGCUUUGCGACGAGAGCUAAGUUCUACCAGAAAAGGAAAGAACACGACAUCGUCGUCGAGAGCUCGACGACAGGACUAAAAGAUCCCGAAAUGUGGAUUAGUAUGGACGGGGUUGUUUUAAUUCAUGUGAAGAAUUUGCAGUGGAAGUUUCGAGGGAACCAAACGGUUCUUGUCGAUAAACAACCGGUUCAAGUGAUGUGGGAUGUUCAUGAUUGGUUUUUUAGUAGCCCUGGAACUGGGCAUGGAUUGUUUAUAUUUAAACCCAUACCGGCUGAAUUAGCCGAUUGUAGUGAUAAAGAAGGAAGUAGCCAUGGCGGUGACAGUGAUACCAGUACUGGAAGCUUGUAUUAUUCGACGAGAAGCCCUACAGUGACGACGGCGGAAUUCAGCUUGUUUCUUUAUGCAUGGAAGAUUGAGUGA